AUGUUAAAUAAAAAUGGUCGAAAAGUUUUAGCCACUUCUAAUCAGGAAAAUGAGGAUGACAAUGUUUCUGAAGAAGUUUGUUAUACCAUCAUUGAUCAUGGCAGCUUUCAAAGUUCUUCCCUGGGCUCCCUUGAUGAUGGUUAUGAGAACAUUGACUCCAAAACAAAGAGACCGAGACAAAUUAGAGAUGGGUUAGAAACAGAAUAUGCUCUGCUCAAGGGAGCUUGUGUUUCUAGAUCCCCUUCUUGCACUCAUGAUCAUGAUUAUGAACUUGUGCUGCCUCACUGA